AUGUAUCUUUUCAAUCUGUUAUUCCUCCUUCUUUCGGCACUACCCAGCCUUGCAAGUCCUGAUUAUUGCAACCCUAUCAGGGAUCCAACGUGUUGGCUCCCUAGUGGUUCAUGGACUCCAACAAGGGAGCUUACGUUCCAUACGGAUCUCCAAGAUCUCAUCCUAAACCCCAGAGCAAGGCAGAUUCAGCAUGUGAAUGCAGUUAUUGCUGUGACGAAUUCUGGGGGGAUCAGGGUCACUUUCUCGCCAAACGACGUGCCUAGUUCGGUCGACAAUAUACAAUACCAGGUCACUAUUGAAGGUGUAACCCGUCCCACGCCUCGUGUAAACUGGGACCCUCACGCAGAUGGCCCGAGCCCUUCAGUGGACUUCUCGGCGGAUGAAGUAGAGCGACUACUUACGCGCUCUCGAAGUGGAACACUCCUAUUCAACAUUGCUGUUAGGGAGGAUGGUUCUCUCUAG